CUCGCGCACGCCAGACGAGCAGCACGGACGCGUUCAGCUGCACCGAGGAAAUGAGCACUGUUUGGAAACGGAUAGUCAGCUGGAUCUCAGCACUUCUCUAGAUUAACAUGCGAGUCAUUCUUUCAUUCAUCCUUCAGGAGAUAUCAGCUGAAACAGGUCCUACAGUGUGUUUCUGGAUUCAUUGCCCUUCUGUCUGCCUCCAGGACCUUUGAAGUAGGUGCAAAUGCCAAACACUUAAAGCUUAAUAGUCAAGUCUGCUGCAUCUCACAGGAUAGUGAGAAAAUCCGAUUGCAAUGGGAAACCAGCUGACAGAGAUUGCUCCCAACACACCGUUUUUGCCUAACUUUCACUCCCUCCACGUGGUAGUCAUUGGGCUGGACUCGGCAGGCAAAACUUCCCUCCUUUACCGACUUAAAUUGAAAGAGUUUGUCAAAACUAUUCCAACCAAGGGCUUCAACAUGGAGAAGAUCAAAAUGCCAGUGGGCAAUGGACGAGCCAUUACUUUACAGGUGUGGGAUGUGGGUGGUCAGGACAAACUGCGACCACUGUGGAAGUCGUACACACGCCGCACUGAUGGCAUGGUUUUCGUUGUGGACUCCGCUGAAGCAGAGCGUAUGGAGGAGGCCAAGGUGGAGCUUCAUAAAAUCACACGCACAUCAGAGAACCAGGGUGUGCCUGUGCUUGUACUAGCCAACAAACAGGAUCUUCCAGUUGCCCUACCUGUUAGUGAGGUGGAGAAGGUUUUGGCUGUACAUGAACUAAGUGCCAACACCUUUCACUAUGUGCAAGGCUGUAGUGCUGUGGAUGGCCAAGGCCUUCAGCUGGGCCUCGAGAAACUGUAUGAGAUGAUCCUAAAAAGAAAAAAGGUGGUGAGGCAGAGUAAGAAAAAGAGAUAAGCGGUUUAAGGACCCCCUUUAAGGCACAGUUAUCUUCCUUGUGAACCUCUGCAGCAGUUUCUGCAUUAUUGCAGGAUUUUGCUGGGAACAAAGAAAUCCUUCCAGAUGGUCUUGGAGUCAGAAUGGCUUUGACCUUUAUCUAUCACACAAUAUUGAGCUGCUUUCCGUAGUAUUUCCUGUGCAGCUGCUGUUUGUCUAAAGACUGCUAUAGAUUGAAAAGGAUAAUGCCAACAGGAUUUAAGCCCAUACUUAAGUAAGGAUAGUGACUGAAUUCAAGACCAUAGCUUGACAAACCUUUGAUUUGUUUUUAGAGCCAGUUUACAAAACCUCUCUAUUUCAGUUCUGAUAUAAAAAUGCAUUAUUAAUAUUAUUUGUAUUAAGCUAGUUGUGCAAUUAAUGUUUGACACAGAGUUUAUUCACACUUCUCAUUAAGUUUUAGUUCAUAAACCUGAUUGUUUUUGCAUUCUGUAAAUUUUUUUUAAUGCUGA